AUGGAGCCUCCCUCCAACGGGGAGUUUUCGGAGAAGACGGAAAAGGCCGCGGUGGUCAGGAUGGUCAUCACCUUGGCGCUCGUCGCCGGCAUGUACGCCAUGCUUAUCGUGUACCAGAAUAAACGCACCAUCACCGUCAAAGGCAGGCGUAUAUUUAACGCGGUGACCACGGCCAUACUGAUUCUACUGGUGAUCAACGUGUUUUCGUCCCUUGGCGAGGCUACGUUGAAUAUUCGCUGGUACAUCUUGAGCCGGCGGUAUCGGCCGGUUAAACAGUCAACACAAAAGGCCGUGCAGAUCGCGUACGCGUCCAUGACCCUAACGUACGGGAUGUCGAGCAACUGGGACAUGGCGCUGUUGAAGCCAGGCAAAAUCUCGAUCCCCGAGCUCAGCAACAUCAGCACGCUGAACCUCGUGGCGCCCAGCAAUAUUCUACAUCAAGGCCAGCAAUACCUCGCCAACAGGUACGGCUUGAUAUCACUAACGUACGGAACGGCGUUUAUGGAGGACCAGCCCGUCCCGAGACAGCUCUGGUACUCGAGCGACCCCGCCGUGUUCUGCCAGGGAGACAACAGCUCCUUCGACGACCCCAACUACGGCCUCAUCAGCGCCGUCUCGAACCGCAGCAUCAACGCCAGCACCAACUGCGACGCCUGGCCCAUCGUCUGGGGCGGCGACGGCGGCAAUGGCAACAUCACGUUCCGGACGGACGACGGGGACCUGGAAUUCUCCGUGCCCUGGCAGGGGUUUCAAAAUCGCGCCACGUUCCUGCUGGACACGGAGCGCGACUGUGGGCCCCGGUGCAGCGUCAUCAACGUGUUCGAGUCCUCGUUCACGUCACCUUGGUUCUACGAGUGCAACGUCACCAUCGGCGCCGUCGCCAACGUGACGCGGGAGAUUGAGCAAGUCGGCCCCGCGCUCGCGCAGCUGGCGUCGCAGAGCAUCGCCCUGCGCGGCUAUACGUACACUUUUACAUCCACCAACGCGACAACCGCCGACGAUGGCGACAGCGACGACGAACUCCAGUACGCCGUGUACCCGGCUGAGACGUACAUAGGGCAGCCCCAGAACGGAUCGACCGAGACCAUGGGCCUCAUCAUCUCGCGCUUCAGCGUCGGCGUCAUCGCCGUGGCGGCCCGGGACAAUGACAAAAUCUCCGUGGACGGGCACGAGCCCUUUGUCGGGGCCGAGCUUACCGUGUCGCACUGGGACUGGGCCAACGCCAUCCUCAUCCUCACCGCCAUCGCUCAGGUCGCCAUGGCCCUCGUCAACUUUUGGGUCACGCGCAAGGUGAUCCUGCCUUCCAACGGCAUCGUCGACGAGGCGCGGAUCUUGCGGCCGAUGAUGGUGGAGGAGGGCCUGUUGCGGACGUCGCGCGCGCGGGUCUUGCCCAAGGUGAAGUCGACGAAGCCCCCGUCGGAGUGGAUAUAUAGGAACGUGCCAAUGGGAGAUGGGUUGUUCGACUUGUUCUUGGAAAUGAAGGUUCCCUAG